AUGAAGAACGUUUAUGCUGAUACAUUUUACAUUCACUAUCCAGUUUACCCUUACGCCAUUUAUAGCUUUAGAGUCGAAGAGGAAAAUCCCUCUCCAGUGUUAAUUGACUAACCAUUAUAUAAACCAAUAGAGAGAUAUGAAGAGCAUAACUCAACUAAAUAUGUAACCAUUGUUUAUUAACUAAUUAUAUAGUUUUUGACUCAAGACAACUAGAUGUAUAUUCACAGAAAUGAAGAACUAAGACUAUAUAAAGAUCAUUUAGAUGUUUAACAGUAUACAUUUGGAAAACUUUGUAGAGUAAUUUUACUAAAGAAUGGAAAAGUUAUAGCGGAGGGCAGAAAUAAAUCUAGACAUUUCAUGGAUAAUGCAGAAGAGAUUGUAAAUUAUUCAGCUUUUAAUAAUAUCUUAUAGAGUGAUGUAAAAUAAGCUGAAAUUCCUUUCUAUGAGAAAAAAGAUAAAAUAGUCUAAAUUUCUACGUUCUUCUAAGUAACUAUUGCUGUUACUGAAAAAGGAAAAGUAUUUGCCUGUGGUGAUAAGCUUGCUAAGAUUGCUGGUAAAUUAUAAUAAAUUAUCUAAAAUGAUAUAACAGGCAUUGAUAACACUAAAUUUGGAUUUUAUGAAGUACCUUUGUUCAGUGAAGAGGGAGAGAAAGAGGUUAGAGAGGAUGCUCUAGAGAUCCAAAAAGUUAAUUCUAAUAUAGAGCCUCCCAAAGAAGAGAUAAGCUAAGAACAACCACCUAAAGAAUCUCACAAAGAGGAGGCAAAGUAUGAUCAUGCAGAGGAUGCUGUUUAAGAUUCCUAAAUUCCACCACCCGCUGAUGAGGAUAAGAGUCUAGAAAAGAAAGAAGAGCCAAAAGUUGAUGCCAAAGAGCAAGAAUCAAUUGAGGAUAAAUCUAAAUCAGAAUAAAUUCAGAAAGGUGUUAAGCAGCAUGAUGGUGUGAGUAAGUAUCAAGUUAUUGAAGGAGUAUUAUACGAAGGAGAGCUACCUCAACCUAAUGCCUUAGAAGUCUAAUCUGAUGUAGUUGUUCAGCAAGUUGUCAUUUAAAGUUAAGUAUAAGUUAGUGAAGAAGAAAAAGUAGAGAAAAACGAAGUAUAAAACCAGAUUUAAGAAGAAGUAGCUCAGCCAGCUGAAUAAGAAGUAAAACUGGAAGAAAUUCAACUAUAAGAGAAGCAAGAAGAUGAAAAAGUUGCAGUUGAAGAACAGAAAUAAGAAGCCGAGGUUAAGUAAGAGUCAGAUAUAGAGGUAAAAUAAGAGUCAAAUGAAGAGUUAAAAUAAGAGUCUGAUGAAUAAAAGGCUUAAAUAGAAGAAGAAAAAAUUGCUGAAUCUGAUGUACCAAAGGAAAGUGUUGAAGGUUAAGAAGAUCAAAAAGAAGAGUAAAAAGCAGUAGAGGAGGAAAAAGAUAGUAAGCCAGAAUUGAAAGCAAUCAAAGUAUGGGCCUGCAAGACAAGCUCAACAUCUGAUUUUGUUUAUAUCGCUUUGGUGGAAAAUCUUAAGACCAAGAAAACUGAACUUAGAUCUAUUGGAUAAUCUGCUAAUGGCCAGCUUGGCUAAGGUAAAGAUAUCAAAGUAUCUUAAGUAUUCAAGAAGAUCAAUGCCAAAAAUCUUGAAUUGAGAUCACCAAAUGACCUUUACAUUGGAUACGAUCAUGUAAUUGUGAUUUCAAAGUAAGAAAAAGUUUAUGGAUGGGGAUCAUAUCUUCAAGAUGAAACUCAAAACUACUCGCCUGUUCACAUUCCAUUCUUUGACAACUAUAUCAUCCACAAAUUAUCUUCAGGCUAAAAAUCAACUACAGCUAUUGUUUCACCUAGAGAUGAUCCAAACAAAAAGCUAGUUGUUGCUGGAAAAUUCGCUCCACUUCAUAAGACAGAUUAAUUUAAGAUUUACGACAUGUUCUCAAACUAAAACAUCACUUAUGUACAGACCUUUAGUGACAGAAUAUUUAUCUAGGUCCAGGGUACUUACUAAUACAACUAACAAGUUUUGAAUCCCUAUUUACAUCAAUAAAGAUGUGAAUCUUGCAGUCUCUAAAUUAGUGGCUUAUUACAUUUCUCAAAAGAUUCUGAAAACAAGUUUAAUUAUUUCUGCUCACAAUGUGUUGAGCAGGAGAAGCAUUCUGAUAAAGUAACAACAGAUCACAUGUGGGUUAUCAAAAGACCAAUAAGCAAUCUUGAGGAGAAAAAAUGGCCAGAAAUUAAUUCAGAGUAACUAUAUGAUCCAGAAGUUAGAGAACAGUAAAUAAGAUACUUAACUAACUAUAAAAUAAACGGAAAAGAUAUUGAGUAAAAACUAUCCUUAGCAGACUUAGCUAACAACUCAGAUUAUGAUAUUAAUCCAGUAAUUGCUCUGAGAGUCUCAAAAGCAUUAAAAGAAGGUGCGAAAUUAGAGCAAUUGAAUUUGCCAGAUUUUUAUGAGUAACUUGGAAAUUAUGGCAUCAGUUUAAACAUUACUCCUGAUUAUGGGCUUGGAGAUGAAUCUGAAGAAUUAAAAACCAAGAAUCAUCAAGUAUACGAUGAAACAAAUCAGUUCUUAAGAGAAAUAGAAUCACUUGAUCCUGAACUACAAAAAGAGUUCAAACAGAAAAUAGAAGAAUAUGUGUCUAAGAAGCUCAAGGAUACAAAUAUCCAGGAUAUUAAGUACACUGAUUUGAAGGUAGCAGAUGAGCUUAAAUUCUCUACUGAUAAGCUUAAUGAGUUAUCAGAGCAAGUAAAGAAACUUAAUGUUGGAAAAUUCAUCUAAUACUGCUAAUAUGUCUGGGGAUCUUUCAGCUAUAUUACUAGAUCUCAGAAGGCUAAUUAGGAUCUAUCACUUUUACACACAUUUAAUGAGAAUAAAGCUAAGAUUCCUUUAAUGUUAAAGAAUCUGCUUAUUAGAAAAUUGCUUGAAAACAUGAGUGUCGAUGAAGAGAAAAAAGGUAUUUCAAUUCAUGUCAAUAGAAAGAGAGCCAAGGAAUUCUUCGAUACAGGAAAAGUUGAUGAAAAAGGAGAACACUCAGUAUUCUCACAAGUCUAAAAAGGAUUAGUCUCUAAAAAGUAUCAAGGAAUGCGAAUCAAUCAGGCUGAUAAAAAGGCUUGGUUCGUUAAAUUUAUUGGAGAAUUCGCACUUGAUCAAGGUGGUUUAUUCAGAGAAAGUUUGACUGAAUUAUGCCAAGAACUUUAAAGCCAUGUCCUUAACUUGCUUAUACCAACUUAAAAUCAAAAGAAUAAUCAUGGAGAGAAUAGAGAUAAAUGGACAGUAAAUCCUGCAGCUACAACACCAACAGCAAUGCAGAUGUACGAAUUCUUAGGUGCCUUAUUCGGAAUGAGUUUAAGAUCAGGAAUUUUAAUGAGUUUGAACAUUCCAUCCUUUGUUUGGAAACAACUUACUGGUGAGCAGUUGUUAUUAAAAGAUUUGAAUGGAAUUGACUCAAUGACUGUUUAAGUGCUGGAAAACUUAAGAACUAUUCAAAACACUAUGGACGAAUAGACUUUCCUUGACGGGUACGAACUAUUCUUUACUACUAUUCUCUCAAAUGGAGAAGAAGUAGAAUUAGUUCACGGAGGUAGAUAGAUCAGAGUAAAUUUCAGUAACAUUCAAGACUACAUCUAAAGAACAGUUGAUGUAAGAUUAAACGAGUGCAAAAAGUAGAUAAAGUCAAUAAAGAAGGGUAUUAAUCAUACUUUCGACUCAAAUAUCUUGAGACUUCUAAGUUGGUAAGAUUUAGAGUACAAGGUUGUUGGCAAAGAAGUUCUUGAUAUUGAAAGACUCAAGGAAAUUACUGUUUACAGAAACUGUACUGAAACAUCUGACACAGUGAAGAAAUUCUGGAAGAUUAUAAACGGAUUUUCAAAUGAGGAGAGAAUGCUCUAUCUCAAAUUUGUAUGGGGUAGAACCAGACUACCAUUGAAAGAAGAAGAGAUAACUGAGAACCACACUCUUUAAGUUGAUGAGAAUGCUAAUCCAGAUAAACUUCCAGUUGGAAGAACUUGCUUCUUCAGACUUGAAAUUCCUUCUUAUAAGAAUGAAGAUACCUUCAGAGAUAAACUUUUGUAUGCUAUAAGAUUCUGUACUGCUAUUGAUGCUGAUAUCGAGAAUGCAGUCUAACAGGAAGAGCAUCAACAUGAGGAGAGAGUUGACGAAGAAGGUUCUGACAACAAUAAUGAAGAAGAAAAUGAAUAAGAAAACGAGAUGGAGAUGUUUGGGGAUGACUAUUGA